GGAAAACCUGCAAAAUCGGCAGUGUAUCAAAUACUUGUUCUCCCCACUGUAUGUGUGUGUGUACACCUCUUAUAUGAGUAGGUCUGCAAGCGUUUACUAGGAUUACUUUUUAUUAUAUUUCACGAGAAUGUGAUAUUUGUUCUUGUUUUAUUUUAAUAUGUUUUUGUAGUAUUUGCGCUAUUCCAGCCGAUGGCGCAAUAUUGCCGUUCAAUAAACGUCUCUACUUUUAUCGAUUUGCCAUAUUAAUGGUAUGUGUUGUUGUUCAAUGAUGUGGCUUACUUGUAAAAAUGUAUAGCCAACAACACUUCGAAAUAAUAUGACCAUUGGUGAAAUAUGACAGUAGCAGAACACGUGGAAGGAUAUCUCCAUUUUGAUAACCCUAAUUAUUACACCUACCUUAAUAUGGGAAGGUGUUGAAAUAAACAGUUGGCAAUCGUUUUAUCACGUAAAUGUGGCAUUCGGAAAUUAAAUUAAUGUUUCAGCGCUCGAGUGGGGGGAGAAAGGAUGCGUUUCUGUCGGAUGCUGCGCCGUCCAUCCAUCCCUCCCACUGCACGAAGGCUGGGUUGAUUUCAGUGUAUUCAUUUCACGCGUUCCCCCUCUUAUCUGAUCCACAUUCUCUGCACCCUCCCCACCCCCGAGGCGCAGCACUUCGAAAGGGCGCUCCAUCACGUAAUUCAGUACUGUACUGUACACGUCUUCCAGAAUAAUACAAAAGAGAUGCGCGUAUUUGGGGAACAUACUAAAGAGUUGCGCAUGCAGCCAUACUGAAGGCUGUAACGAAUAAUUAAUCGCUGAAUGCAAUUGGUUCGCUUAUGAAAAUACUGUCAUGCAAAAUCACGGGUCAUUUCGGGUAUUUUGAAGAAUCAGUUGGAUUAAAGGUGUAUAGAAGGUAAGCAGAAGCCCACAAGCAAAGUCCUUUGUUAUCAACAUGGCUCUGAAUACAAACAUGAACCCAGCCACCGCCAUUUGGCCAUGCGAGGAACAGCCGUCACUAUUGGACCAAGAUGCAUCGUUGUCAAGCCAAGCUCCCAUCAUCGCUGUGACUGUCAAGUCCCCACCAGAGAUGGAGGAACAAGAGAUCCAUAGCACCACCACCAGCUUUGGGCCCUGCCUGAGCCAAACCAAGGCAGGGGAACUGGUCAUUGUGAUCAACGAGAAAAUGGAGAACAGUAAUGGUAUCCUCCCAGCCCCUGCUGACACCACCUCCCCAGUCAUCUCCUCACCGCCCAGAAGGCAGCAGUCCAUUUCUUACUCCCAUCACCCCCACAACAGCAAGACCCGGAAGGGGAGUCGUGCCGGUUCCAUCGGCUACACCGCCUUCUCCCCGCGGCCCUCCAUCUCACGCCACUCCAGCAUUGCCACCAACCCGCCCAUCGACAGAGCCAAGCCCAAAGACUACCUAAUACUGGCCGUGCUGGCUUGCUUCUGCCCUGUCUGGCCAAUCAACAUUGUGGGGUUUGUCUACUCUGUUAUGUCCAAGAACAGUCUGGAGCAGGGCAACCUGGAUGGAGCCCGCCGAUUGGGUCGUGUCGCCAGGAUGCUCUCUACAGUGUCACUGAUAGGAGGGACAGUCAUCAUCAUUGCCUGCAUCGUAAACCUGGCGAUAAAUGUGAAAUCCUGAGUAUCGUCUUGCCGUGAAACAGGAUCUAACAGUUGGAUAUCCGGAAACAGGAUCUAUCUAGCUGAAGGUUCCUUUUUACCUUCUCUUACUGUGUAGUCAUUACCUGGACAUGCUAUGAAUAUUAUACACCUGAUAUUACGUACCUUUUAUAAUUGAUAUUAUCUAAUCCUUUGUUAAUGAAAAACCAAUAUGCAAGACGCUUCUGCUACAAACUGGUCUGGGCUUCUCCAAUGAUGAAUCAUGCAGUGGGGAAACAGACGAUCAGACUAAUUCCUUACUUUGUAUUCUGACCAACACUGAACACUGUCCUUCACAAGGCGCCAUUACCUCAACCACUGGCCAUGAUCAGAGAGACAGACCAAAACGAGAUGUAUUGAGAAAGGAUGACAACAACAACUGAAGAGAUUGUUUAAAGGAGAUGUGAUCAAUGUGAGAUAAACUGGGAGGAUUGCUUCACAGCUUGACUACCUACCACAUUGGAGGCCAACAAAAUGUCUGCUAAGUCCAUCCUUCAUUGCCCUGACGAAAAGACACAUCAGAAAUUCAGCUUGGCAUAAAAUCCCAUCGGUAUAUGAAGGUGCUUGAGGGAUUUGCCUUGCAUUGGAAACUCAAAGAAUAAAUUAAUUUCUGAGGAAGAAUUCCCCAUUCAUUUCUGAAUAGGCUUAUAUUCUGGUUUCAGUCAGUGUAUAUCCUUCCUGUCUUUCAGGCUACUGUUAGCCAUUUUGUAUUUAAGAGCGAGGGCAGGAGGGAAUGACGCUCACCAACACCCUUGACUGCUGAGAAGAUGGAAGGGAUAAAUAUUUAUUGGGCACGAAGCAAAGUCCAAGUAAAGGACACAAUUGUGCCCAAAAAAGAAAGAUGUGCCAUUGUGCUUAAAAGCUUUUGGUGACCGCAAUAUAUAUCUCCAUGUGUUUGGCUUAGGACCUGAAAAUAAGGUGAAAUGGAUGCGAAAUUGGUGGCAGGAGGAACACAAAAUAUGUAAUUCAGUUACUUUAUAUCCAUUUUCCACACUGAGGAUGGGCCUUUUAGACUGUUAAUGAAUGAGAGCAUUGCUGACGAGAAGUGGAAAAACCUCAAAACAAACCACCAUAACAGGUUAUUUACAACAUCAAUGAGUUGUUAAAGUUCUGUCAUUGUGAAUCAGUGAAACGCUAUUUCUUGUACCUUAUUGAUAAUGUUUGUAAAAAAGGAUCAUUUGCAAAAUCAGAUUUUAAACCACAAGUUUCAUAAUCUGAUGCUGAUUAUGCUUUUGAAGUACGGCGCUGUCGAUGACAGAUGGUCGUGGUGUGUGUCCAUGCAUAGCUAUUUGGUUACCAAAUGACAUAGUCACUGCACUGCUGUGGCUGGUCACAAUAAAAUGAAUUGCCAGUCUUCAGUUUGGUGAUACUGGCAAUACGGUAAGAACCCUGGGUAUCUAGUGUAUGGGGACCCAGAGAACAUAAUCUGUUAUCUUUCUGAUUUAAUCAAGUGGGUAUCUGAUCCCCAUGCUGGGUAUCUAGUGGUGGACAUUAAAGGGAAGGUUCAGUUCACUUGACAUUUGCAUUGAUUUAUUCACUUAAUUGUGUUGCCGAUUGAUCCAGGAAUUGAUGUGCAGGGUUCAGAUUUGUUUAAAUAGCCACAGCUAACUUUAGCCACUGCUAACCAGAAAACAAUGGAAGCAAAAGGGGCAUUGUUGAUGGUAAAAAUGGUGUGGCCAAAUCAACUGAAAUGAAGUCAGUAGCUAGGUUUCCAACCAUUUGGUGACAGAUUUUUCACGGACUUUCUGCGGAUAAAAAUCAGUGUGUGAUGAUGUAGUGUACGCAAUUUAAUUUUUAAAGCUUAAUUCAAUGUGUUUCCAUCGCAUUUUUAACUCUACCGAUAGUUUUUGUCACAAACUGUUGCAUUUAAUAGCUAAUGUGCCUACUCUGGUCUUGGCAUGUGCGCUCUAGCCAACAGCUCGCACAUACAGUGCAGGUAGACUGUGCAGAUAGGCUAUUCUACAUGAGAUUAUUAUGGAUAAGAGCGAGAAUAUUUUUUAUUUUUCAAACGACAGUCAAGCAUCGAUCAUCAUGUCACCAGAAAAAGACCCUCUAUUUAUUGGGAAGGGGUGUCAUUCUCAUCACCGUGAACUUUCACCACCCUAUGAAGUUCAUAGUUUAUUUAAUCUGUAGCCUAAUAAACUGCAUGGUUUCCCCGAGUUGUAGUGGGAGGACCACACACCAUAUCAUCACGUGACUCCAAGUUUACUUCGAUAUGAUGGUUAUUAUAUCAAUAUUUGUAUAAGGUAUUACCACCGCAUAUUUAAUUUUACCGACACAAAAAGAUCCCACCACAUCGAACGAACCUAUUAUCUGUCUGCAUUUAUAAAAUUGUACCGAAACUUCCUGUUUCCAUCACAGCUGUAGUGAUUUUUUUUUUUUAAAUACGGUAUGACUUUACUGUCGUAACUGUGGAUGGUAACGUGUUUAAUGAUUUGGUUUGAAGUUACGUGAAGUGAUUUAUCCACAAAUUUCGAACAUGCAAAUUAUGCCCCUGUUACUCCUAUAGUUUUUUUGUUUAGCGGUGGCUAAAAUAAAGAAAUGUUUUACCCUGCACUUAAAAUGUUCAAUCAACAACGGCACAAUUAAGUGAAUAAAUUGAUGGAUUAAAAAAAGUGAACCUACCCUUUAAUCCAAGCCUAAUUUCUGAUUAGUAUCUACCUUUCAUUCCCACAACUCCUGUUGCCCAAACACUUUUGAUUGGUAAUUCUCUUAAAUUGGAACUUUAAGUUAAAGGUAGACGAAAGGAAGUUGCCACAAGCAGCACCGCAAACAUUGAGAUGAGCAAGAUGCAAGGCUUCGCUCUCACACAGUCACACACAGUAUCUGCACAUGUGCACAGGUUAGUUUCUAGGCUGUUAGUGGUAGCCAAAGAACUAAAACAGCAGAGAAGUUGAGCCUCACGCUUCAACGCUCUUUAGUUGUUGCAGAAAUUUACCCACUACGCUGUUUACUUAACGCAUCUGUCAUCUCUGAGACUACCUUUUAAUUUAGAUACUACUAUGCCUUGACCUCAAAGUCCAUCAACAGCAAUUUCUACCCUACUGCAAAAUUUCUGUAUUGAUUAAUGUAUUAGGCAUUUUUCCCGUCUGUUAGUAUUUAGAUGUUAAAAUUGUUAUCAAGAGUUGAUAUUAUUCUGCAGAUAAGAUAACGUAUAUAUUGUGGAGUCUUCAUAGUUGUUAUGAGUUAACAUUAUAGCUCUUAUAAUGUGGACAGGAGAGGUAGUCUGCUAGUCUUUGUUAAUUAGCCUUUGCAGUCUUUGUAUUACCAUUGGCUACUAUAAUCUCUGUGGAUAUUGGCAUGUUGUUGAUUUUCAUUGAUGUAUGACAAUUGUAUAGAAGUACAACCAAAAUCACAUGGAUAAGAAAACCUGGCACUAGAAAUACUUGUAUCCUUCCAAGGCACAUUCUUAAUAAAGACACAUUGCAUGAAAAUCGG